CUUAACUCCCCGGAAGAUACCCCGCGUUACAUUUGUGCUGUGCCUCUUUUGUGUCUUGCUCGGUUUCUCACCAGUCGUAUAAAUGGUCGUCUCCACCCUUCUGCAUUUGAUAUAAAAGACUCCCGUACUACAUACACACAUGUAGAAGCAUUAUCACGCUGGAUGGCGGCAGGUGUCAAACUUGCGCCUAGUUACUUCUGCUUCUACCUAUUCAGCAUUUACUCAAUUCAGCGGCUGGUGUCAUCGAUGCUGGAUGAGAGCUUGAUUCAUUGAGUCUCUUUUUACACUCGAUCUGGAUUCACUUACUCGGUCCACCUAUACCUGAUCGCUAUCACUUACACCCACUCACCAACACAAUAAGUGACGAGCAACGAAGAAAAAUCCAAAAUGUCUCGACCAUCCCGCCCCGGCUUCCUCCAGCCAGCCCGGUCCGCUCCGGCCCCAGCCUCAGUGACCAACACCAAUGUCACUGCGGCCAUGGUAUCCGUCCCCGGCGACAUUGACAUCGACGGCCCCGAUUACCACCAUGACACGGAACACCGGCGGGGUCCAGGUCCAGGUCCGGGAUCAGUAACAGCCGCACCGUCAACAACCGGUUCAACAACAACCACAACCACAACCACAACCGGACGCGCAUCUUCUUCAGGGUUUCCCCUUCCCUUCUUCGCCGGCUCUUCUUCGUCAAAGAGAUCAACCGCCCCCACUGUGUCGUCGGUUUCAACGGCGCCGCAACCACUUAUUCCGGUUCCGAAUGCAUAUACAGGCCAAGCGGUACCGGUGCCGCCGCUGGCGGGGACGGCAACGACGGGGUCAUCUACUUCUGGGGCUUCGACGACCGCUCCUGCUUUCCCGCCUGCUUCUCGGUCCCAGUCCCAAACCUCCCGCCCCGGCGUUCAACAACCUCCUCACACCCCUCACACACCUCACACCCCAACGGUCCCAGGCCCAAACCCAGGCCCCCUCCCCACAGCCCAAGCCCGCACCGCCGUCCUCGCCUCCAUCUCCAACCUUUUAGACCGCGAACUCACGGGUCGCGCCUCUUUGUUGCAUCAAAACCACAACGCCAUUCUCAAACAAGAGCGGGAGAUGUCCAAAGCCGUUGAAGCAUUCAAAAAGGAGAAUGAUAAACUGGAAAAGCUGGCGCGGGAGGGAACGAAACGGCUAAAAGAGGUGGGGGAUGUGCAGAAUUGGGCCGAGGUCUUGGAGAGGGGGUUUUUGAGGGUUGAGGAGACUAUUAGGCGUGCUAAUGGGGAUUUUUACCGUGACUAUAGUGAGGGGAGUGGGAGUUAUAGUGGGAGCUGGAGUGGUAGUGGGAGUUUAUGGAGCGGGUCUGAGGUUGGGGUUGGGGUCGGGGUUGGGGAGGGGGAAGGGGAAGGGGACGACGGAAAGGAUAGUGAGGGGGUUGGAGAUGGUGAGAGUAAAGUAAAGAACGGCAAGGAAGUUGGGGGCAGUGGAAGUAAGAGUGUUGAGGGAGAAGGGGCCGCUGAGGUAGAGAACUUGAAUGAUGAUAAAAGAGAAGAAAAAGAUGUAGAAAGAGAUGCGGAAGGGGAUGUGGUCAUGACUACUGAAGAUGAUGUCCAAGAGAGACAUACGAGACUUGACAAGGGGAAAGGAAAGGCAGUCGAUGACACGAUACCGGAACCCUCGAUGGUGCCUUUGCCUCAAUCACCGGGAUUCGGUGGCGGCAUUCAGUUCCCGAACUUGACACCUGCGGCGGUAUGA